AUGUUUUCAGCUACCAAGACAGAUUUGCGUCUGUUACUGGAAUGUCUGAAAUACCAGAUGAAAUGGCCUGGAUCACAGAAACAAGCUCUUCUCACUAUCAUCUCGAUCUGCAGACAAAACGGUCAGUAUGUGGAGUUCUUUAGAGAGAUUGGAGGAAUUUCCUUCAUAUAUAACCUGUCAAAGUCCAGCACUUUCUCUCAGGUUAAAGAGACUGCUCUAUUUACACUUGCAUCCUUGGCUGAAUUACAUGAGAGCUGUAAACAGUCACUGUGCAGAGAGGAGACGUUUCGUGACUUAGCGCAGCAUCUGGAAAAGAAAAUGCCUCUGACGGAAAAAAGAGUAGCAGUGUACAUGCUGUCUGUAUUGGUUGCCAACAACAGAUGUGGACAGACUCUUGCUAAGACCUCCAGGUGUAUCGAAACCUUGCUCAAUUUGUUCAGGCAUAGUUUUCCAGAUCCUAACACAUCUUAUGAGCAGUUGCAGUUGUGGGCCACUGUAUCUAGUGCUCUCUGUGGCUCUGUCAACAACCCUCAAAAUGAGGAGAAUCAGAACGCAUGUAUGCAUGUGUUUCCCCUGGUGAAGAUCUGGCUGCAGGAAGUGGCAUUGCCCAGGGCAGAGUUGGCACAGCCUAUAUGCUCAUUUAUUGGCAUGACUGUUGCAAACAAUUCUUGUGCUCAGCAGUAUUUUGUGUCAGUGGGAGGCCUAGAUUCACUCUCAGACACUCUUACCAGAGUUUUGUCUCAGUCGGCCCACAGUGCUCCUGCUUGUAAGGUGGCCACAGUAAUCACUAAAACAUUGUCUGCCUGCAUCUCCAACAAUGAGCAGUUGGUGUCUUCUUUAUCAAAGUUGAUGGUCAUUCCAGGGCUAUUGUGUCUGUUGUCCAGCCCAAACCUUGACCCACAAGACCAGCUCGCUGUGGUGUUGACGAUUGGACACCUCACAGAUGCCUGUGUAGAGCAUCAAUCUCAAUUGUUGUCGGCAGGAGGUUUGCCUAUUAUGAUUUCGCUGCUCACUGAGGCUAGUGAUGAAGAGGUUAGAAAGGCAGCCAUGUUCGUACUGCACACUUGCAAGAGAAUCACUGAAUCAUUAGGUGCAGGCAUGUCAACUAUGAAUCUGCAGGAGAGUGACAUGGAGAGUCACUGGAGGUCCGCUGGAAAAAUCCUCCAGAGAAUACAGCUCCUAGAGAAAGAGAUUGGUGUGAAACUGUGGGAAAGAGACACCAAAAUCCAGCAGCGCAGCAAUCAGAGGUUGGCCUCAUCUGUGGAAUGUAAUGAGGCAUGGUGGGAGGGUUCUGUGAUGCGAAAGGUGACAGGUUACCAUCGAGUAUGUGGAGAGUUACACACAACCCCUGCAGGAACUCUAGACCGACCAAUCACAAAUGAAAUACCAUACAGCAAAGAGAACUUGCAGUGUGUCAGCACUGAAGAGUGUUUGAGUCCUGCCCAAGUCACUCUCUUCAAAGGCCCUAGCUGGGAAAAGGGCAACAAGAGAGAGCAUGAACUAAUGAGAGAGAAUGAGAGGAAUAUUGAGAGGAGUGGCAACCAGGAGACAAGCACACAGGGAGGUGUGAAAAAGAGAGACAUGGAGAGGAAAUUACAGUCUGAAAGAGUGGCAAAGAGAUUAAAGAUGAUGUAUCUAGACUCAGAUGAUGAUGGCAAGAAACGUUUACAGCACUGCCGCACACCAACAGAGGGCGGCAGAGAUACACAGGGCCCAGAUAUUUUCAGACAUCCUGAUCCCAUGAAGAGAAACCAGUUUACACACACUCGCUCUGAUGAUGAGAUGUCUCUGUGCUCUGAGCUGUUAGACAGAGAAGUGAACAGGUUUCUGAAGCCGCCCUCUGCCUCUAAACCCAACAGUCUACGCUGUGCAGGUUGUGUGAAAAAUAUAAAUGAGAUGGACAGUCGUUCAUUUGGUGCUGUGUUGCGUAGCUGCAGUUUUCAGUGUGACUUUCACCUGGUGCUGCGAGAGGCUGAGGAUCGAUUUAGGAGAAACCAGCAGUUAAAGAGGACAAGACACACUCUAACACACAGUCACAUCCACACACAUGACAAAAACAGAAAGAGCACUAGUGAGGAAACAGAGAUGAGCCAGAGGGAAAAACACAGGCUGAGUCACCAACCAUCAGACAGAUAUAUUAGGCUCACACCCCUGAGAAGACCGAGAGAAAUAUACAGCAUAAAAAAGAACACGGUUCACAGCCGCCUCAAGAAAACCUCAGAAGACUGUCUCCCAAAAAAUUCUUCAGGCAGACACAGAGAGAGGCGGAACUUUUCUGCUGACGAGUUGCUGUACCUCAACAUGGGUGUGAAGAGGUUUGGUCACUCCUGGAACUCCAUCCUCUGGACGUAUCCCUUCCAGCCUGGACGCACCAAUGUAGACCUGGCCAAGAAGUACCAACACAUGCAGAAAGCCAAAGCACAGGAUCUGUCUGGUGCAGGAGACGAAUAA